UCGCUCGUCAGGCUGUCCGCGCGCGGGGCGGGAGGCGGCGGCGGCCCGGGGGCGGACCUGAGCCCCGAGCCCCAGCAAGUGCCUUCUGCCACUUUGUUCCCCCAAGCCUCCGUUUCCACAUCCUAGUCCACAGAGACGUACUUUUCCGAGUCUUGUUUUGAGCACUCGAUGAAAUGGUGGUAGGAAAGCCCUCGCCGAGCUGCGAAGUAUUCAGCUAUUAUCGUUGCAACACCUUUAAGACACGGCCACUGCUGUCUUCUGCCUGAAGCCCUCGAGGAGUUUCUUACUGUUGAUUUGUAAAAAUGGGCCCGAGAAGACGCGCGGGGCCGGCGCGGUCCUCCGUGUCAGCGAUCGCCGGGUCCCGCUCCCGCAGCCCUCAGCGCGCUCUGACCGCGGCUGAAGAAGAUGCAGAGCAGCCUAAAGUUGGUGGACUGUAUCAUCGAGGUCCAUGAUGCCCGGAUUCCACUUUCAGGCCGCAACCCUCUGUUUCAAGAAACCCUUGGGCUUAAGCCUCAUGUGCUGGUCCUCAACAAAAUGGACUUGGCGGAUCUGAAAGAGCAGCAGAAAAUUAUACAGCACUUAGAAGGAGAAGGCCUAAAAAAUGUUGUUUUCACCAACUGUUUACAGGAUGAGAAUGUCAAGCAGAUAAUCCCGACGGUCACGGGACUGGUGGGGAGCAGCUGCCGCUAUCAUCGAGGAGAGAGUCUGGAGUACUGUGCCAUGGUGAUUGGCAUCCCCAACGUGGGCAAAUCCUCGCUCAUCAACGCGCUCAGGAGACAGCACCUUGGGAAAGGGAAAGCUACCAGGGUGGGCGGCGAGCCUGGGAUCACCAGAGCCGUGAUGUCCAGAAUCCAGGUGUGUGAGUGGCCGCUGAUGUUCCUGCUGGACACUCCUGGGGUGCUGGCUCCUCGGAUUGAAAGCGUGGAGAUGGGCCUAAAGCUGGCCCUGUGUGGAACCGUGUUAGACCACCUUGUCGGGGAGGAGACCCUGGCGGACUACCUUCUCUACACCCUCAACAGGCACCAGCUCUUUGGGUACGUGCGGCACUAUGGCCUGGGCGGCGCCUGUGACGACAUCGCCAGCGUGCUGAAGCAGGUGGCUGUGACACUGGGGAAGACGCAGAAGGUGAAAGUGCUCACGGGCACGGGUGACGUGAACGUCAUCCAGCCCAACUACCCUGCGGCAGCCCGAGACUUCCUCCAGACCUUCCGCAGGGGGCUGCUGGGCCCAGUGAUGCUGGACAGGGAUGUCCUGCAGAGGUCCCCCGUGGCAGAGCCCUGAACUGGUCCAGUUGGCAGGGGCCUCACUCCUGCCUGGCCCUUGGCACCAGAGAUGUGGGGCAUCCCAGACCACAGCCCAGAAUCUGAUGCUGGGCCUCCCUUUUCCAGAAGCUCCAUGCUGGUCACUAUCCACUCAGGUCUCUACGCCGGGAAGGAACCUAUACCUCCUGCUGCCCCACAGCCUGGCCAGCUGUUGUUGGGGACUGUGCCUGGGGUCUGGACGUCAGGGCUGACGAAGUCCCUAAGCUGUCCCUGGGUGUCUCAACUGUGCCGAGUAUCUCUCAGGGGGAAGAGGAUGCUUUCUCAGGAGGACGUGAACAUACAGUCUGCAAUUUAAAAGUCUCACAAGGCCAGUCUCUGCUGGUGGCUCGUUUGCUGUGCACCAGGAGCACCUUGGGCUCACAUGUUAACGUCUCUCCAAAACGACACAAAAAACGGGAUAUGAACUGCUUAGUGAGUAAGGCCUGUGUAUUGGGGCCUUGGUGGUACCCUGGGUCCUGCAGUAAAGAAGAGUCUGUUUGCCA